AACCACCAGGCGUCCAUGGAGAACAUCUCAGUCCAUUCAGGAUCUUUACCACCGACUGUACAGUACUUCCUCAGUGACCCACUCUUCCCAAAAGCACUCAAAAGUAGCACCAUGUGUGACACAGAGGAGUUUGUGGAGGAGUUCGAGGAGGAACAGGAGGAGGUGAACGAAGAGCAAGAGGAAGCAGCUGAAGAGGAGGUUGAAGAAGAGGUUGAGGAGGAAGAAGAAGAAAUAGAGGAAGAGAAAGAAGAAGAUGAACAAGAGGCAGAGGAAGACACCAAACCCAAGCCUAAGAUGUUUGUUCCCAACAUUAUACCACCAAUGCUGCCUGAUGGAGAGAAAGUGGACUUUGAUGACCUCCACCGGAAGCGUGUGGAGAAAGACUUCAAUGAAUUGCAGAGUCUCAUUCAGCUGCACUUCUCCACCAGGCAGAAGGAAGAGGAUGAGCUUGUGUCUUUGAAGAACCGCAUUGAGCAUCGUCGGGCUGAUCGUGCAGAGCAGCAACGCAUCAGAGCAGAGCGUGAUCGCGAGAGGCAGGCUCGCCUUGCUGUGGAAAGAACACGGCGUGAAGAGGAGUCUGCCAAACUGCGUGCCGAGGAGGACGCCAAGAAAAAGAAGAUCCUUUCCAACAAGGGCUAUGGUGGCUACCUGCAAAAGGUGGAUCAGAAGAAGGGCAAGAGGUUGACAGAACGUGAGAAGAAGACCAAAUGUCUGAUGGAACGUCGCAAGCCGCUCAACAUCGAUCAUCUCAACCAGGAGAAGCUGGGAGAGAAAGCCCUUGACCUUUGGAAGUGGCUCACUCAACUCCACGCUGAGAAGUUUGAUCUGGCAGAGAAGCUAAAGAGGCAGAAGUACGACAUCAACGUUCUGCGGAACCGUGUUAGUGACCAUCAAAGAGGAGCUAAGACAACAAAGACCACCAGGAAGUCCUGGAAAUAAAUUAACUGGACUGACACGUUGCAAUGACACACAAAACAGAACCAAAAAGGUUUGUUGGAAUCACAAUCGCAAGUCCUGCAUCAUUUUUAUUUUUUUUUUUAUGAUUAAUCUAAAAUUUCACUUUAUUCAUUUAGCAUUGUAUCAUACAUGUAAUGGGAUUUAUAGUGUUAAUAUUUUGUUUCAUGUAAUCUGAAGUCUUGAUCUAAUGCUGUAAACCUUUUAAAAGUUACAUUUUUCUUUGUGCACAACAUUUCAUAAUAUGCAGUAGAAAUGCAAAUCAAAAUAUAUAUAUAUAUAUUUACUUUUGCUCAUUAACCCCCGUGUUAUCAAAUACUAAUAUAGAGAAAUUUAAUUUAGGAAAACAUGCACAUGCAUCUUAGCUUGAGAGGCACAAGGACUGCUUUUCUACAAUUACUAAUUGACAAUCUACAAAAGCUCUUGCUUCUGAUCUUACAAAUAAGAAAUCAUUUUAAAUGUGGAAUUAAGUGCUGGAAUACAAGCUAUUAAUAAACAAAUACAAAAACAAAAUUUUAUAUAAACGGAAAUGGUCUUUAUUGUAACAAACAUAAGGCACAUAUUUUACUGUAACAGCAAUGAUUUGGUACAUACUUCAAAGUAUCCAUUUCGUUUACAUUAUGAAAAAAGCUAAAUGAUUUUUGUGCAGAAUAAUUUUUAGGCUACAGAGUUUCAAAGAGGGAUAAGUAACAAAAGUGUAAGUGAUAUUCUUCAUCCACAAAGACCCAUUUUCCACAUUCCACUCCAUGUAGUGCAGUUGAGCGCCCAAGCCAUUCAAAAAGUAAACUCAAUUGUCAGUAAAUUUGGAUGGCUUAAGUCUCGAUUUUUUUUUUAUUUAUAAAUAAGUGUUUCAUUUCUGAUUUGUAACUCUCUUGCAUGAUUAACAAAAAAGCAUAUGAUUUCUAAAAGCUUGCAGCAGGUAGAUUGGGCCUAUGCAAAACUGCUAUGCAUAAAUCACUGUUAACAUAGCGUUUAAAAAAACAGUAAAAAUUUGUAUGUUCUUAGAAAUUAACAUUAGUGCAUCUAAUGCAAAACAGCUGUUUAUAUAGUUUAUAGGCUAAACAUAUAUUUCUAUGCAAUUUAAGGAUCACACCACUAUAAGGGCCUGAGUGCAAACAAAUGAGAUCAUUUUUUUUUUUGCACAAAACUGUAUAAUUAAGCAGAAUUUUAUAGUAGUACAAACUAGAUUCCUCAUAAAAGUAUAUUGGUUACAUAUAUAUUUCACACUAACAGUUCAAGAUUAAGGAUUUAAGAACCUCAAGCUGUAGUAGUGAUUAUUUGGAUUAUCAAGUUAGCCUCUUUUUUUCAAAUCGUACCAGGUAUGACCUUGCAGUAAAAUUUAGAAAUCCCGGUUGUUGCUGCUGAUCAUUUUGGGGUAUGAAGUCCCAAUAGCGUGCCCAAAUCUGUACACCACAAUCUCAAGCAGGUACUCAUCCACCUUUACUGUAACAUUGGUCACAUGCCCAUCAGACAGAAGGAAGACGAUAGUAAAAAGAGCCACCUCAAACUCUGGGCUGACGCCAAUGAAACAACUGCUCACCGGCUUGACCAGGCCAUUCCAGCUGAACUGCAGGUUCAAGAUGUGAUCGUCCUCAUCUGGCUGUGAAAUUGAACCAAAUUUAAACGUUGGAAGUAAUGCACACAAAGUUAUAUUAACUUGGUUAGAUAAUUUUCCCUUAUAAAAUCAAUUCAAAAUGAAA